AUGAGCUCGGGUUCCUCUUCCCCGCUCUCCAGGGAGUCCCCAGAAGCUGCUGCUGCUGCUGCUGCUGCUCCCGCUGCUGCAGCAGCGGGGAAGAAAAGUGCUGCUGCAGCCAACAGCCUUACGGAAACCCCCCGCCAGAAAGGAAAGGCGGGGGACCUGAAGCCAAACGAAAACUCUUCCAAAGGGCUUCAGAGGAAAGCCAGCAGCAGCAGCAGCAGCAGCAACAGCAGCAGCAGCACCAGCAGCAGCAGCGACAGAGCUACGCAGGAGCAGCGCGUGCAGCAGUCUCUCAAGAACCUGGACCUCUGGGCCUCCCCAACCCAAGAAAGACCCUCCCCCCAGGGCCCCCGGGGGCCCCCCGGGGGGCCCCGGGGGCCCCCGGGGGGCCCCCAAGGGGUUUGCCCCUGCGGGGGAGCCCCCAGCAAAGGCAGCUCCCCCCCAGGAUUCAUUUUAAGUCUUGCAGCAAAAUGGCCGGGGAGUGAAGGGGCCUCAAAGUUUGCUGCUGUGGACUUGGGCGAAAAUAUUGGACUUUGGAUUGGAGGGUCUGCAGAGGGGCACCCAGAGUUUGUCUUAUAUGAUUCGAAAAGACAAAAGUUUGAGGCCCCCGAGGAGAGCAAAGAGCAGCCCAAAGCUGUGUCUGGAAUAUCCUUAACAGCGUUUGCAGUCGGGGGGGAGUUGGGGGCCCUUUUGUUUGGAGGUUUGAGUUCUUCAGAGUCUUUUUUAAAUGAAAGCUGGUUCUACAGUUUGUCCAAGAGUUCGUGGAGGCAGCUGAGCCGCGGUGUACGUACACCCCAGGCCCGCUGCCACCACGCUGCAGCAGCAGCGCCGCAUGCAAACGCCCUUUUCAUCUUCGGGGGUCAAGCAGAGGGAGGCUCACUUCUGCAAGACACUUUCAAGUUUGUAGACGGGGAAUGGGAAGAAGUGCUUGCUGAAGACCCUCCGGCGCCGCGGAGCCACCACAGCCUCAGCGUGGUUGUGGGGCCCCACAGCAGCAAAAGUGCAAAACAAAUGCAGCACUUAUUAUUAUUUGGGGGUUUAGUGAGCAGCAGCGACACAAACGAACUGUGGCUGCUGCCAGUCAGCUCGAAGCAGCAAAAGUGGAUUCAAAUUCAAGACGCUGCGGGGCCUGUGCCGGCCAAGAGGCACGGACACUCUGCCACUGCUGCUGGCUCUCGCUGCUUCAUUUUCGGGGGCAGCGGGCGGAACUGGCUGGGCUGGGAGGUUGAGUUUUUCGAUUUAAACGCAUUCGACUGCGAAGUCUCUUCUUGGUUUGAAAUCAAUUUGCUCUGUCCUCUCGAGGGCCCCACAUCUCACGGCCACGCCGUCGCAACUGGGGACCCAGACAAUGUGCUGCACAUCCUUGCCGCAGGGGACGGAAGCGGGGGCGAAGGCGCAAUUUACCGCCUUGCUGCUGUUUGCAGCAGCUUAGACUUGGCAGGGCUGCGGCAGGCAGUGGGGGAUUUGCAAUUAGUGAUUGGCGACAGCAACGAAAGAAGAAAUGAAGUUUUAAAUGUUAAUAAAACUUUAAAAGGAACAGUUGGAAAGGUAAAUGCUGCUGCUGCUGCUGCUGCUGAGAAGACUGCAGCAGCAGCGGCUGCUUGGGGCGCCGUGGAGGCCAAGGCCAAGGCCAUGAAGCAGCAGGUUGCUGCGGCUCAAGAGAGGCUCGAGAAGUUGGAGGCGCAAGCAGCAGCAGCAGCAGCAGCAGCAGCAGAACGCGAAGGCGCAGCAGCAAAGCAACUCCAAAACCUAGAAAGUCAAGUUGAUUCUCUCUUCGAAAAAGUCAACCAUUUCGAGUCUCUUCUGGAAGCAGCAAAGAGACAGGAUUCAAGUGAUGAGGAGGAGGAGAGCGAGUAA